GACAAAAACCAUGCACCAAGAACGAGUUCACUUGUGUACAGAGCAAGCUGUGUGUGAAAACAGAUUCACUGUGUGACUUACACAAUGAUUGCUAUGACAACAGCGAUGAAACACAGUCUUCUUGCAAGUCGGCAUUUCAAUGUGAUUUUGAGCAAAGUAUGUGUGGCUUUACAAACGAUGAGAAUAACGACGACUUUAACUGGAUGUCGGCUCGAGGCUCAACAUUCAGUUCACAAACAGGACCAGGAGCUGAUCACACGACAGGAAACUCAACUGGUCGUUAUAUCUACAUUGAUGCUUCAUACCCUCGUGCUCCUGGUGACACUGCUAUUCUGUGGAGUCCGCUGUUUAAUCCUUCAGCAGCAGUGGGCUGUUCUGUCAGGUUCUUUGCUUUUAUGUACGGUCAACAUAUGGGCAGUCUGGUUGUGUCUCAAGUUAUUGGAACAUCGUGGACUCAACUCAGGAAUAUUAGUGGAGAACAGGGACAAGACUGGAAGAAAUUUAGUGUGAACGUUCCUUUAUCAGGAGGGAAGAAAUUUAAGCUUGCCUUUGAGGGAGUUCGUGGGAAUGGCUAUGCUGGUGAUAUUGCAAUAGACGACUUGACGUUCAGCACAUCUUGUCCAAAACCAGCUCCUCAGUCAUCUCUACCAGCUGUUACAACAGCCAACUGUGACUUUGAAAUCGGAUUUUGCAACUGGAAAAAUGCUUAUCUUAACGACCUCGACUGGAUUCGCAACCAGGGCUACAACCCUUACUUCUAUCCCUACUUUGGCUCAUCAUACUACGACCACACAAUUGGAAACUCAAACGGCUCGUAUCUUAGCGUAGAUACAGUCUACAACUCCGGCCAACAAGGCACCAUCUCACGUCUUGUCAGUCCAACUAUGAAGCAGGAUCCAGCAAACUGCUACAUGGUGUUCUUCUAUCGUGUCAGUUCGCGGUAUGGCAGCAUUGCCAACUUGACUGUGUAUACAAAAGCGAGUGCCAACGCUGCAGAGAAUGUAUUGUGGGAGAUGGGUGGCGAUCAGGGGAAUGAAUGGCAUAGACAGAGAGUCAAACUUCCAAGGACGUCGACCUUUCAAAUUAUUUUUGAAGCUGAACAUGGUCCAGGAUAUUUUUACUUUUCCUCUGUGGAUUUGUCUAUUGAUGAUAUCUCAUUUGAGCCAUGCAGUGCACCAACACGUUGUUCCACUGGUCAGUCACAGUGUGGAGAUGGCUAUUGCUAUAGAGAUAAUUGGAAGUGUAACGGAGUAUUUGAUUGUUCUGAUGGGUCAGAUGAAGAUGGAUGUCCUGACCACUGUGACUUUGAUAAAGGCAUGUGCCAGUGGAAAAACAUUCAAUCAGAUGAUACAGACUGGCAGCGUGCAUCGGGUUCCACUCUAACGGACUUCACUGGCCCUACCUAUGACCACACGUCAUACUCAUAUUCAGGCUACUACGUUUACGUCGAAACUAGCGGCCUCAAGAAAGGCAGCAAAGCGAUCCUAGAGAGCAAGCAGUACGACCACUUUGGACACACUUGUAUUCUCACGUUUGCCUACUUUAUGUAUGGAGCUGACGUGGGAGUACUAGACGUCGACGUCGUUACAACUAGCAACACCAGGAUGAAUCUGUGGAGUCAGUCUGGAGACAAGGGAAGGCAGUGGAAGACGUCGAGUCUUCAUUUAGGAUCAGUUAAUCAAGGAUUUAAGAUACAGUUUAUUGCGACUCACGGAGGAGGGAGCCUGGGCGAUAUUGCUCUUGAUGAUAUUGAGCUUGUCAACUGUGUUGGAACUCCCACUGUUGCCCCACCAACUCAACCUGCACCAGCUACAUUUCCUCUCGAUGGCAACUGUGACUUCGAGAAUUCACUCUGCGAUUGGAUGAACACCCCAAAAGACGAAGUCGACUGGAUCCCACGUACAGGAAGCACACCCAACUACUUCACCGGCCCAUCAACAGACCACACUCUCGGCACAGCAGCUGGACACUACCUGUAUGUCGACGGCUCUGAUUUGACUUCCGGCUCAUGGGCUGCUCUCAUGAGCCAACGAUAUACUAAGUGUGGUUUUCAGUGUCAGUUUAAGUUUUCCUAUCAUAUGUAUGGGUAUCAGAUUGGGUCUCUGACUGUACUCAUCAAGUUCAAUGAUGGCACUACGAAGCAACUGUGGCAGCUGUCAGGAAAUCAGCAGGAUGCUUGGUACUCUGCGGUCGUUCGACUCGGUGUGGCCAACCAACAGUUCCAGAUUCUUUUCAAUGUGACUUCUGGAGGAGGAUACGGAUCGGAUAUUGCCAUCGACGACAUUGGCUUUGUGUCUUGUAAUCCAGCAUUAAAGGAACCUACAUGCACCAGCUCUCAAAAACGCUGCACUAACAAGUGGUGUGUUUCUAAGUCAGCAACGUGUGAUUUUACGGACGAUUGUGGUGAUAUGUCGGAUGAGGCGGGUUGUGACAAAAUUGCUCCUCUUUAUUGUAACUUUGAUACAUCAAUAUGUGGGUUUUCGAAUGCUGCAGAUGAUGACUUUGAAUGGGUUGGAGGAAAGGGACCUACAACAUCAUUUGGAACUGGGCCGUCUUCCGAUCACACGACGGGUACCCAGAACGGUCGAUAUAUUUAUAUUGAGAGUUCGUAUCCUCGGAUUCCCGGCGAUGUAGCUCGUCUUGUUUCUUCCCCAUUUACUAAGACAACAGGAAAUUGCCAACUUCGAUUCUACUACAACAUGAACGGUUACUUGGUUGGUAGCCUCCUCGUGAAGCUCAAGCCUCAGAACGCGAACGAACAAGUGCUGGUUAAUAUAACAGGCGACCAUGGCCCGAAAUGGAUCCGUGGAACAGCCAACGUUAUGUCAAAUUCUCAAUAUCGAAUCGUAUUCGAAGCUGUACGAGGUUCAUCAUACUCGUCUGACAUUGCACUUGAUGACAUCUCGAUGACAUCUAGUUGUGGGACGAAAGUGCCAGUCCUUGUGGUUCCGGUCACUACACCACCAGUCUGUGAUUUUGAGCAACAAGGUUUCUGUUCAUGGACAAACGACUUCUUUAACGAUCUAGACUGGGCUAUUGUACAAGCGAGCUCGUAUCGGUUCAGUUACACUCCACACUUGGAUCACACACUGUCUAACAGUUCCGGUCACUUUAUCAUAAUUCGGACGUCGUAUUACGCUACGACUGACAUUGGGUGGUUUAUCAGUCCCGUCAUGAAAUACAGUCUCUCAAUGUGUUAUGUAACAUUCUAUUACCAUAUGACUGGUAGGAGUAGCGUGGGUAAUCUCACUCUGUACCAAGCGCCUGUUGAUAAAGAUGGCCAGCCAAUGACAGAUUCGAUGUCAACUCUUGCUUAUUACCAGGGUAAUGCAGGAUCUGCGUGGCUGUUGUCAAGGAACAAAAUCAAGAACAUGGCUACUAAUUUUGUAUUGAUUUUUGAGGGUUCACGUGGCUUUGGAUAUGGUGGACACGUUGCUGUUGAUGACAUCGGAUUUCAGCCAUGCUCUCCAGGUCCUUGCUCAUCAAACCAGUUUACAUGCAACAACAAAUACUGUAUCCCUUCAAAAUGGAAAUGCAACAACGUAGACGAUUGUGGAGACGGCAGUGACGAACGAGACUGCCCAAACAAAUGUGAUUUCGAGAUUGAUAUGUGUAGCUGGCAGAACAGCCUAGCAGACAACACAGACUGGAGAAGAAACAAUGGGUACACUCCGUCUUCCAACACUGGGCCGUCAGCUGACCACACAACUGGCACAUAUGCGGGUUAUUAUGUCUACUUUGAGGCGUCCUACGUUUCCACUGGAUCUCUGGCGUACCUGGAUAGUCCAUACUAUAGUGCAUAUCAAUACUGUUAUCUGACGUUUGCGUAUAACAUGUAUGGGAGUGAUAUAGGUUCUCUGGAGGUGACCAUGAUCACAUCUUCUGGAUACCAGUCGUUAUUCAGUUUGUCAGGGAACCAAGGAGCCUACUGGAACGUGACAACUCUCUACUUCGUACCCAGAAUGCAAUUUAAGAUUCGCUUUACCGCAAUGAGGGGCAACAGCUACCAUGGAGACAUUGCACUGGAUGAUAUUGGACUGACUAAGUGUGGUGCAGUGCCUACUAUUGGUCCAACGACUCCUCCUCCAGCUCAGCCGUUUCCAAAGAGCUCUUGCGAUUUUGAAUCUAACGACUUCUGUGAAUGGAGGAACGUGGACGCGAAGGACGACAUUGACUGGAUACGUCGUGCAGGCCGCACACCAUCAUACAACACCGGCCCAAGAUUUGAUCACACUCUCCAAUCGUCAACCGGUCACUACAUUUACAUAGAAACGUCGGGUAUUCCAGACGGCAGCAUCGCUCGUCUAGAGAGUCCAUUCUUCAAACAAUCAGGGUACGCAUGCGAGAUGUCCUUCGCCUACAGCAUGUUUGGACAAGGAAUCGGCACUCUGGAGGUAACCCUUGAGUCAGGUGGAGCAUCAACUGUGCUGUGGUCACGUUCCGGUAAUCAAGGUUCGAACUGGCAAACAGCUCGGGUUCUCAUUCAAUCAAGAUCGUCUCGUUUCCGGAUCAUCUUCAAUGCUACUCAUGGAUUUGGUUUCAACGGUGAUAUUGCUCUUGACGAUAUUAUUUUCAAAUCUUGUGAUCCGGCUUUAGUUCCUCGUCCGUGUGAUACGACGAAGUUUACUUGUGCUAACAAGCUUUGCAUUUCCAAAGUUAUGCAGUGUGACUAUUCGGACGAUUGUGGAGAUGGCAGUGAUGAAACGGCAUCUGCGUGUCAGUCUUUUUCGAAUCGAUGUGACUUUGAGACAGGCAUGUGUGGGUAUGAGAAUGAUAAGCUAAGUGAUUCGUUUGAUUGGUCACCAGGUAGAGGAGAAUCGGCAUCAGUCAAUACGGGACCGCCGAACGAUCACACGACGCGAACACCGGAAGGUCGUUACAUGUAUAUCGAAACUUCAUAUCCUCGCGUCGUCGGUGACAAAGCCAUUCUUCAAACUCCAGCUUUUCAGGCGACAAACAACGUAAAAUGUGUCCUUCGUUUCUACUACAGCAUGUACGGUGCUACUAUCGGCUCUCUCAUUGUGCGAACUCACAAGAUCACGUCCGACCAAACGGUCGUGUUGUUCAACAAGACAGGAGAUCAGGGCAACAAAUGGAUUCGAGCUGACGUCUCCAUCACAUCGAAUGAAGACUUCCACAUUCAAUUUCUUGCCAUCCGAGGCACUAGCUUUACAUCAGACAUUGCAAUUGAUGAUAUUUCUUGGACUCCAGGUUGUCCAAAGAGAAAGCCAGUGCCUGCAGUUAAGCCAGUCGAAAAAGCUGACUGCACGUUUGACGCUGGCGGCAUGUGCAAAUGGUCUAAUGAUUAUCUCAAUGAUAUCAAUUGGGAGAUAGCGGUGGGAAGCACUUUGAGUUAUCAAACGGGACCGAAUACGGAUCAUACGUUUGAAAACAGUACUGGAGCGUACGUUUAUGUGGAAGGGUCGUCUGUGUCUGCGCAAGACAAGGCGCGUUUGGCGAGUCCAUUGCUGGUUUCGAGUCCACAGAAUUGCUACAUGGUCUUCUAUUAUCAUAUGUAUGGGUAUGAUAUAGGGAGUUUGACGGUUUAUGCUCGCACGUCGGAGUUAAGCAAUGACUCUAUACAGCUGUGGUCUCUUUCUGGUGACCAAGGCGACGAAUGGCAACGAGCACAAAUCUCAAUUCCUCGUAACAGAAAUUCGAUGCAAAUCGUGUUCACAGUCAUUGAAGCGAGUGGCUACCGAUCUGACAUUGCCAUUGAUGACAUCAAGUUCUUAUCGUGUCAAGCGCCACCGUCUUGUCCAGCUGGACAAUUUCAAUGCAAAAACGGUUAUUGCAUUUCUGACAAAUGGAAGUGCAAUGGAUUGGAUGACUGUGGAGAUUCUUCUGAUGAGGUGAAGUGCCCCAAUGAAUGCUCGUUUGAACACACCUUGUGUAAGAUGUGGAACAACUCUGAUGCUGGUGAUCUGAAGUGGACUAGAAAUUCAGGAUCGACACCAUCGUUCUCAACUGGGCCGACUGUUGAUCAUACGCUGGGAACAGCGGGCGGCCAUUACAUGUACGUUGAAGUCUCCAGUUCUCGUCCCGGUCAGCAGGCAGUUUAUUGGAGUCAACUAGGCAUGUGGUGUCAGCUUCGCUUUGCUUACCACAUGUACGGCAUGGAAAUCGGAACUCUAGAAAUUAUGACGGAAACUCCAGCCGGAGUUCGUGUCCAACUGUGGAGCCGAUCUGGAGACCAAGGCAAGCAAUGGUUCGAAGACACGGUUACUAUCCGUCAAACUGCAAACCAGGAUUUCCGUGUUCUCAUCGUUGUAACUCACAAUGGUGGCAUUCGAGGCGAUGUUGCUAUUGAUGAUUUGGCGUUGGAUAUGUGUAAACCUGGGAGUACCGUCGUGCCGCCUCCCACUCCUUCGACCGAAGUCUAUCCGGAUGGUUUGUGUGGGUUUGAGCAGUCGUUGUGUAACUGGUAUAAUGUGAAGAGUAACGAUGUCGAUUGGGUGAGACGACGAGGAUCGACGCCGUCGUUCAACACGGGACCUACAACUGAUCACACGUAUGGAACAAGUCAAGGAUAUUACAUUUAUAUUGAAGCGUCAGGUUUACCGGCUGGCAGCAAUGCUAUCCUUUCUAGUUCUCGGUUUCAAUCGUCUGGACAAUACUGCAUCAUGAACUUUGCUUAUCAUUUCUAUGGAAAUCACAUUGGGACUCUGAACGUGUUACAGCAAGUGUCUGGCAAGCUAAAGAAAGUCUGGUCACUGUCGGGUGAUCAGGGAAAUGGUUGGCAUGUGGCAACGGUUCCUCUUAAACAGAGUAAGAAUUUUGUGAUUCACUUUAAUGCAACACAUGCCAAUGGAUAUCAAGGUGACAUGGCACUGGAUGACAUUUCAUUUCAUCACUGUGAUCCAAAGUGGAAGCCAGGAACAUGCAGUCCCGAUGAGUUCUCUUGUAAGUCCGGUCUUUGUGUCAACAACUUUGUCAAAUGUGAUCACGAGAAUGACUGCAACGAUAAAUCUGAUGAGACACCAGCUUUAUGCGCCAAUUAUAAUUCAUAUCAAUGCACGUUUGACAGCAGUCUCUGUGACUUCACAAACUCACCUUCUGAUGACUUCAACUGGGUGUCGGGUCAGGGACAGACUUUCAGUACUGGGACUGGACCCGGAUUUGAUCACACGACAGAUUCAGUAACUGGUCGUUAUCUGUUCAUUGAAGCAAGCUCUCCACGACAACAAGGAGAAACAGCUUUCCUCAUCAGUCCAGUGUUUCGUGUAGCACAGCAAAGCAAGAAGUGUGUGGUGCGUGUGUUCUAUCACAUGAACGGUCAGCACAUCGGAUCGCUGAACAUCAAGAUCCGGACAGCCAGUAUUAAGUACGAUGGAAAGAAUGGCCAAUGGAAGACGGUGUGGACAAAGUCUGGUAAUCAGGGAAAUCAGUGGUCAAGAGCAGAGAUUUCUACUACAUCACAGACUCGACCAUAUCAAAUUGGUAUUGAGGGCGUCAUUGGCAAUGGCUAUGCUGGAGAUAUUGCUAUUGAUGACUUUUCUCUCAGUGAGGGCUGCGGCACUAAAGUUGAUCCACCGUCAGUUAAAGCUAUAAAACCAACUGCGUGCAACUUUGAAUCAGGCAUGUGCCUCUGGCAAAACAACUACCUUAACAACAUCGACUGGACACUCCACGCCGGCUACACAGCAAGCUCUGGCACAGGCCCACGAACCGACCACACGUUUGGCAACAUCACAGGGCACUACAUCUACUUGGAAAGUUCCACUGGCCAGUUGGGACACUCUGCUCAGCUGACGAGCUCUCUCUUUCAGACAGACUCUACUAUCAAAUGUUUUAAUUUCUAUUACAAUAUGUAUGGCUCGUCGAUUGGCAACCUAACGAUUUUGUAUCAGGCUGAUGGCUCCAAGAAGUUUUCUGAGUUGUUCCGAAAGAAUGGAGGUCAGGGAAUUUAUUGGCAGUUUGGAUCUAUUAAGCUGCCCCAGGAUAACAGAAACUAUCGGCUUACGGUUGUGGGAACAAGAGGGAAUGGAUUCCAUGGGGACAUUGGUUUGGAUGAUUUCUCAUUUAAUGAUUGCAGCCAUGUCCAACCGACCGGUAAAACUACAGUGUCAGCCAAUUGCAGAGGAGCACAGUUUGCGUGCAAAAGGAAUGGCCGCUGCGUUCCGAUGUCAGCAGUGUGUGAUUUCAUUGAUACGUGUGGCGACAAUUCAGACGAAGACGUGUGCACAUCUUCUCACUGUCAUUUUGAAUCUCUUGGCACAUGCAACUGGAUAAGCACCGACAAUAACAAGUUUGAUUGGGUUCGUCAGAGUGGCCCAACAUCCUCCAAAGAAACUGGACCAAGUGUGGACCACACUCUCAGCACAGCGAAAGGACAUUACAUGUGUGCACAGGGAGCGUCUAGUGAAUCUGGGCACCUCGCUACCUUACAGAGCACAAAACUGUCCGCAACAGGAUCUGGCUGUAGUUUGACGUUCUACUAUUACAUGUAUGGUAGCAAUAUUGGUUCUUUGGAGGUCAGAAUAAAGAAGUCGGAUGGCUCAACUGCGACGCAAUGGAUUCGAAACGGCGGUCAUGGAAGUCAGUGGAUGUAUGGACGGGUUGGGAUCGGAUUGCAGAGCAACGUGUUUGUGCAGUUUGUUGCAACAAGAGGUCAGAAUUAUCAAGGUGACAUCGCACUGGAUGAUAUCCUGCUAUUGAAUUGCGCUCCAGAGCCUCCUCGGCCGUGUCUGUCGGACGAAUUCAUCUGUACAAAUCAAAAGUGUGUUAGCAGGACGCAGCAAUGUGAUUAUACUGACGACUGUGGAGACAAAUCGGAUGAAUCGCAUUGCCCGUUUUUUGAUGCCAAUUGUAACUUUGAGUCAGUCUGUUCUUGGAAAAACGACGCAAGUGAAGAUCAAUUUGAUUGGAUGCCAAUGUCUAGUGGCACUUCAACAUUUGUAGCUGGACCACACUAUGACCACACUUACCGCAACAUCUCAGGUCAUUACAUGUAUAUACAAUCUUCUCAAGCACGUAAUAUUGGAGACACUGCAGAGCUAGUGAGCUCAUUGAUCAAGACACCAGGACAACUAGGUUGUAGCUUCCGAUUCUAUUAUCACAUGGAAGGAACAAACAUUGGACCUCUGACGGUUAGCCUCCGUCACGGGUCGUCGACGACUCAACUAUGGACCACGUCUGGUAGAGUAGAAGACGGUUGGACACGUCAAGAGAUUCCCAUUGGUACACAAUCAAACUAUCAGCUGAUCAUCCGAGGAACAAGCGGAGCUGAUCACAAUGACAACAUUGCAGUCGAUGAUCUCUCAUUUUCUGAGCAAUGCCUUCAGCGUGGACCAACAGUUGCUGCACCUACCAAUUUGUCUUGUGGCUCUCUCUUCUUCAUGUGUGCGGAUGAGAGUUCGUGCUUUCUGAAGAAUCUAAAAUGUGAUGGAACGAUGGACUGCAAGGACGGCAGUGACGAAACUGGCUGUCAUGCUCCCAGCAUAAUGAACUGUGACUUCGAGGGUGGAACAACGUGUCUCUGGGCUGUUAGAACUGACGGUAAUGGAACACUGUCCAUACGCAACGGUUCCUCUCCUACAAUUUAUGGUCCGAAAUCAGAUCACACAUUGCGAGCGCCAGGAGGUCACUAUCUGUUUGCUAGCAAUUCUGGAAACUAUCAUCAGAGAUACAACAAAAUGUUUGCUACACUCACGUCUCCUCGACUCAUCAAGGCACCAGGGAACUUAUUCUGUUAUCUUACCUUUUACUACUACAUGGCAUCAACUCAAAACUCACUGGCUACUUACGUUAACAACAAAACAGGUUCACAUCGGAUUUUCCAUUUUCUUGGAAAUAAAGGCAACCAAUGGAAUAACGCAAAUGUGAAAGUUGAGACGAAUUCCGUGUAUACAGUUAGCUUUCGUAUGGACACAAAGGACUACAAUGCUUAUGUAGCUGUGGAUGAUAUUAAGUUCAAAGGUUGUUAUCCUGGUUUGGCUCCUACACUGCAGCCUUCGCCUCCUACACUGCAGCCUUCGCCUCCUACACUGCAGCCUUCGCCUUCUACACUGCAGCCUUCGCCUGGUUCAAAGGGAUCACAUCAUGGUGGCAGCACAUCUACAGUUGUUUAUGUUGUUGUGGCCAUUGUCGUUGCGAUUGCCAUCGUGUGCACAACAAUUAUCUUCAUCUUUGUAGCAAACAGGAGAGCUAAGAUGCGACGUGGAAAGUUCGAAGUUGAAUAUCACAGACAGGAUGACGAUGACGAUGAUGAAGGACUCGGACAAGAUUCUGGAACCCUUCGUUUCUGUGGUAUCGAUGACCACGAUGAUGACAAGUUGCAACCAGGUGAUGAAGCAGAGUCCGAUGACGAGCUGAUCCAAUAGACACAUACGUUUAUAGUAUCGCUCAAGUUAUGUUUUGAUGUAUACAUUUGGGCAUGCUUUCUUACUUACCAAUCGCGUUAGUUAUGUUUGUCAGUUCGUCGCUAAGUCUGCAGUGCUGCUGAUGCUGACUGUCUCAUGGUAUAGUCAAGGUGUAACUCUAGUUAGCAACGUCUCAAUUGCUGCGAAAGAUAAACCUUUGAAAUUUCAA